AUGUCAAAAAAUAAAUUAGGACGUAUUGUUAUUGUUGGAGCAGGACCAGGUGGACUUACACUAGCACGCAUUCUACAGCUCCACGGUGUUGAAGUUAAAGUGUACGAACGAGAAAGUUCUAUUGAUGCUCGACCUCAAGGAGGAACUUUGGAUCUUCAUGUGGAAUCAGGACAAUAUGCUCUUCAAAUAGCAGGCUUAUUUGACAAGUUUCAAACACUUUGCCGUCCUGAAGGACAAGAUACGCGCAUCAUCGACAAAUCUGGCACAGUUCAUUAUGAAGAAGUAUCCAAUGAAAUGUGUUUUGAUCGCCCAGAAAUUGAUCGACAUGAUCUACGACAACUACUUUUUCAAUCACUCAAAGCAGAUAUCAUUGCUCAAGGGCAUAAUUUACAAAGCAUUCAAUCGUUGAGCAAUGGUCAACAUAAACUUGUGUUCGACGAUGGCGUAACGGAUACUGCUGAUUUGGUCAUUGGAGCUGAUGGUGCAUGGUCACGCAUCCGUCCUCUUGUAUCAAGUGCAGUGCCACAGUAUUGCGGUGUUAUGAUAGUGGAAAUACAAUUCACCGAGGUUGAUGAUCGACAUCCUGAGAUCGCCAAAUUAGUUGGCCGCGGCACUCUAUUUGCUCUAUCUGAUAACAAAGGUCUUAUUGGUCAACGCAAUGGACAUAAUCGAAUUCGUGUCUACAUCACUCUACGUGUACCGGAGAAUUGGGUCGCUGAGUCACGCAUUGCUUUUGAUCAACCAGAACAAGUUCGUGAUGAUCUCCUUCAUUUAUUUGCAGAUUGGGACAAUAGUUUGCUCAACUUUAUUCGUUUUUGCGAUGCUAAUUUUAUUCCACGCCCUCUAUAUAUGUUACCUAUCAAUCAUAGAUGGGAAACGCAACAAGGUGUCACAUUACUAGGCGAUGCUGCUCAUCUCAUGUCUCCUUUUGCCGGUGAAGGUGUUAAUUUGGCGAUGCUCGAUGCUACAGAGUUGGCUCUUGCCAUCAUCAACGCGGACGAUUUAAAACAGGCAAUUCACAACUACGAGCAAAAGAUGUUUUCUCGUGCCGCUAAAGCUGCCGACGAAUCUGCAACCAAUCUUGAUCUAUGUAUUUCACCUGGAAAUGCAGCAAAACUAAUGGCAGAACUCUUUAAAAAAAUGAUGGAAAGUGGACCAUCAAAUGAUAAGGAAAAUUUUGUUACUAGAUAG